AUGGAACUCGAUCUCGGCGGCGGACAGCCCCUCAAAGUCUUCACGCGCGCACUGCAGACGCUGUCGCGCAUCGGAGACGACCUCGACUUCAGCUGCACCUCAGCCCGCCUGUCCAUCUCGACCGUCAACAGCUCGCGGACCGCGUUCGGAAUCGUCCACUUCUACCCACGCUUCUUUGGCUUGUACGAGGUGCAGGGCAGGCAGGCGCAGCUGGACGACAGUGUCGAGACCGACGCGAGGACGCCGAGGGAGAAGCCGUUCAAGUUCAGCUUGGCCGGAAAGGCCCUCCUCUCGGCCCUCCGUCCGCGCGCAGCCAACUCGGUCGAGACGUGCGCUAUCUCGGUAACCGAUUCAGACGACCCGAACAGGCGGCGAGCGGAAGAGGGCAUCGAGUCGGGCGAGUGCAGGAUACACAUCUAUCUCCAUUGCCAGCACAAUGUCCGCAAGCACCACUCCCUCCCCUACUCCCAUCCCUCCGUUCAGAAUUGGGCUCGCUUCGACGUCUCCUCCUGCACCUCGACUUGGACCGCCUCCUCCCGAGUCCUCAAGGAAUGGACGGAUCACUUCCACUUGCGGACAGCGGGCGGGGGGAACGCGAGCGCGACGGACGAGAUCACGUUCUACAUGACCAAGGACGAGUGCAGGUUGAGGAGCUUCAACGAUGGAGAAGGAGCCCUCUCCACCAAGUCGUCUCACCACGGCGAGAACUUCCAAGAGCGCGCGAUCGCGACCGAACUCGCCGUCGAUGUCGGCGACUUCGACGAGUACAAGAUCGGGAACGCACAGGAGACGGACAGCCAGGAUUUCGAGCCGACAGCUGAGGCGGACGAGGAGGUCGUCGUUACGUUUGCGCUCAAGGAGUUCAAGGCCAUCAUCGCCCUCUCCGCCCCUUCCGCUCCCGCCUCCUCCUCUUCCUCCCACUCUCACGCCUCCGCGCCCUCCCUCCCGCUCACAGCACACUUCACUACCGGCGGCCGACCAAUCAUGUUCCAUCUCCCCUCCUCCACCGGUUCCGCAGGCGCAUGGGAAGCGCGCUGGGUCGUCGCUACGACCGAUUAUGAUUCGGGCGGCGGUACGACGGGAGUAAAGAAGGGUAGUGGAGCGGUCAAGAGGGAGAAGAGUGAGAGUGUUGCGGCUCCCGCUGCAGCGGCGAGGAAGGAUAAGGGAAAGGGGAAGGAGAAGGCGCUGUUUAACCCGCCUGCGACGCCUGCGCCGCAGCAACAAGACGACGAGGACGACUUGUAUGGGGCAGGAGGCGAUCUCGGCGGCUUUGACGAUGGCGGCGCAGGGUUCGAAGAUGAGGAGGCUGCCUGGGCGGAGAUUGAUAGGCUCAGCCAGAUGGCGACGCAACAACAGCAGGAGCGUCGCGCACCGGGCGCGAAAGACAUGAGCGCUGCGCCUCAGGAAGGAUGCGACGGCGAGGAGUGGGAGUUUGAGCGCAUGGAGGGCGGACAAGCUUCGGCGCCGGACGCGGCGAAGGGGACGCAGCUGAGUCCGACGCAGAAGGGCGGGGGAGGGAAAGUUGGCGGAUGGCGCGGCGGAGGCGACGAAGCGGCGGAAGGGGACGAAAGGGCGGCGAAGAAGCCUCGGUGGAACUUGCUUGGCGACGGCUAG